GCGCUCUCUCCUCUCUUGUAGAUGGCUGACUCUGGAGGACUUCCCCAGCUCACACAGCCUGGGAAGCUGACUGAAGCCUUCAAAUACUUCCUGCAGGGAAUGGGCUACAUCGCUUAUGUGAAGGAUCGGAGGUUGAGUGGAGGGCCAGUGCCCUCGGCCAGUAUGACCCGCCUGGCCCGCUCCAGGACAACCUCCCUGACCAGCGCCAGCUCGAUCGACGGGUCCCGCCCCCGCGCCUGCACCCACUCCGACAGCACCGAGGGGGUGGGCCCCGUCACCCACACCAUGGAGGUCUCCUGCUGAGGAGUCACAGAGAGAGAGGGUGGGAGGGGUAGAGGGGGGGAGAGAGAAGAAGCAAGAUGGAGAUGAAGACACGACGGUGAGGUUUGAGAAUCAUGAGGGAUGAAGGUGUCUCUGUAGUCAAACAUGGUAGAUGGUAGAAGCAGCAACAGGAAGCCCUCUCUGCUUCAUCCAACCCCUCCAGAUCCUUUUAUCUGACAUCUGACAUCUUCCCCCCCCCACUGUAAAAUACCAUUCGUGUUGCUACUAAAACCCCAACCACACCUUUUAAUGUCACUUAAAGAUUUAGGCCACGUCCC